AUGGUUUAUCCUGGAGCUGUGCAUUCCAGGUUUGAGCAUUCUCUCGGCGUGUACUGGCUUGCUGGUGAAGCUGUUCAAAUGCUCAAAAAGUACCAGGGUUUGGAACUAGGUAUUGAUAACUUCGAUAUUCAGACAGUGAAACUUGCAGGACUUCUGCAUGAUGUGGGUCAUGGUCCUUUCAGUCACUUGUUUCAGUCCGAGUUUCUCCCACAGGUUAUGAAUGACACAAAAUGGUCGCAUGAGCAAAUGUCAACAAAAAUGGUUGACCAUAUUGUUGAUAAGCACAAUAUAGACAUUGACUCUGAAAUGAUGAGAAAAGUUAAGGAGAUGAUACUAGCUAGCUCAGGAUCGGCACCGAAACACGACGUCAGUGAGAAGCGCUUUUUGUAUGAUAUUGUUGCGAAUGGUCGAAAUGGAAUUGAUGUGGACAAGUUUGAUUACAUUGUCCGUGACAGCCGAGCUUGUGGUCUGGGAUGCAGUUUUGAGUUUCAGAGGUUGAUGGAGACAAUGCGAGUUAUGGGUGAUGAGAUCUGCUAUCGUGCCAAGGAGCAUCGUACCGUCCAUAAGUUGUUUGCUACUCGUGCGGAUCUUUACCGCACAGUUUACGUGCACCCAAAAGUAAAGGCUAUAGAACUGAUGGUUGUAGAUGCCUUGGUAGAAGCAAAUGAUUAUCUGCAAAUUUCAUCUUACAUAGAAGAUCCUUCAGAAUACUGGAAGUUAGACGAUUCAAUAAUCAAAACUAUUGAGACAGCUCCAGACCAACAACUAAGAGAAUCUAGGAAUUUGAUCCUGCGCAUACGCACGAGAAAUCUUUACCAGUUUUGCAAUGAGUACACCGUUCCAAGGGACAAGAUAGAAAAUUUCAAAGAUGUGACUGCACAGGAUAUUGUUUGUUCCCAGCAAAAUGGUGGGGUGCUGCUGAAGGAAGAGGAUGUUGCAGUAAGCAAUGUGAGGAUUGAUUUGACUCAUGGAAGGCGUAAUCCUCUUGAAAGAAUCAAUUUUUUCAAGGAUUAUGAGAGUGAAGAAAAAUUUUCCAUACCUGACGAUCGCAUCAGUCACUUGCUGCCUACGUGUUUUCAAGAUAUGAUAGUCAGAGUCUACUCCAAAAAGCCUGAACUGGUAGGAGCAAUCUCUGAGGCUUUUGAAAACUUCCAAUUAAAAACGUAUGGGAUUAAGGCGCAAGUACAUGCAACUCCAGAGAAGAAGAAACGACGAAUUUAA